AUGGCAUCCACUCAAGAAAAAGCAUCAACAUUCAGUAAAACUAGUCAGGCCAAUGCUGUUGGAUUCAAGGCAACUAGUGGCGCAGUCAAAGUCUAUAUCAGGCGUUUCUCGAUCCGCUCUUUUGUUCGCAAGCAGCCGACGCCUGUCCUUUCUCCUCCUGUUGAACAAGAUGAAAGAAACAGAUAUUUCUCAGCGGGAUCCAUAAUUAAGCAAAAGGCGCAUAUUUCCAAAGACGAUAAACGGGCGCGUAGGUCCGCUCUAGCUGUUCGGUCUCUCAUCAUUGGUCCGACCAUCGCAGAACCCAGGUUGACGACUGCAUUGGCGAAACCUCAGUUGAACCAGAUAAAGUCUCAUCUUAUGAAGCCUGGUUUAGCAAAUAAGAUUAUUGCACACCUCCGUCGACUUCCUGCCAUGCAUGAACCUUCGGAAACCAUCGCGUUCGCUUUCAAUACACCAAUUCAUGCCGUGUGCUUGGAACACUCAGAUCACGAAGAACACCUUUUACAUUUUGCAAAACUCUCACAACCCGAUAGGCCUCGCGCGCUUCUCGAUGCCAAUUUGUCGAUGGUUACUGUCGCGUCUGCGCCAAUCGAUGCACUUGCAAACAUGUUCAACGAUAUGCACGUAAUCAAUUUGAUCACUUCGCCUGAUUUAGGAUUAGGUCAACCAGGAGAUGGAAAUGGAUUACUAGCAGGAGCAUUGCCUACAGCAGAGACUGUCAUGGAAGGAAUGAAGCAGAUCACCCCACAAUUGAUGGCUUUGGGUUAUGCUACUGGGAAGGCAUUCACUCCCGAUCAUUCAGGAAUACACCCUCCUACGGAUCGAAUUUCUGUCUUGACAUAUUGGUGGGGAUUAGAAAUUAUAUUACCACCUCCUUCAUUGCAGUUUCUUGAUAACGCACAAUCCAUAUCUGGAGCCGUUAUCAACUUCCUAACUGCCUUGUCACUUAUCAAUAAUGGCGUACGGGAGAUUCUGCCUUUUGUUCGAUAUAUAGCCCAAUUCAUAGAUUUUGAAUUCGAUGCAAUUCGGAAAAAAGACGAAGGGCGAGGGGUGGUGUGUGCAGCUACGUGGAUAAUGCCUGCUGCAAUGGUUCCUCGUCCGUGGGACUUUCCGGAUCCUCCAAAUCAAAAUAAAUCACAAGAACCAGCAGCACAAUCCGCGAAGAAGGUGACUCCGUCGACACCUAUCUACUCUAUCGUUGAUAUUGCUGCGUCUCCUCAAGCAAACAAAUAA